UCCUCCGAGAGAGAGAAGGAGAGAAUUAGAGAACGCACACUUAGAUUCACACAGGACACCGAAUUGGACAGGAGAAGUACUCCAGAUAUAACAAACUGACCCCAGCCCCCCGACACAUAAACUACUGCAGCAUAAAUACUGAAGGCUGAGACAGGAGGGGUCAGGAGACACUGUGGCCCCACCCGAGGACACCCCCGGACAGGGCCAAACAGGAAGGAUAUAACCCCACCCACUAUGCCAAAGCACAGCCCCCACACCACUGGAGGGAUAUCUUCAACCACCAACUUACCAUCCUGAGACAAAGCUGAGUAUUGCCCGCAAAGAUCUCCGCCACGGCACAACCCAAGGGGGGGCGCCAACCCAGACAGGAUGACCACAUCAGUGAAUCAACCCACUCAGGUGACGCACCCCCUCAGGGACGGCGAAAGCACACCAUGCGAUUAUGAUAGGUCAGCACCUAGUCACAGAAAACCAUACAGCCAUUUUUCCAGCCAGAGAGGAGUCACAAACAGCAGAAAUAGAGAGAGAAUUAAUCACUUACCUUUGAUGAUCUUCAUCAGAUAGCACUCAUAGGACUUCAUGUUACACAGUACAUAUGUUUUGUUCGAUAAAGUUCAUAUUUAUAUUCAAAAACCUCAGUUUACAUUGGCUCGUUAUGGUCAGAAAUGCAUUGUCUCAAACAAACAUCCGGUGAAAGUGCAGAGAGCCAUAUCAAAUUACAGAAAUACUCAUCAUAAACAUUGAUAAACAAUACAAGUGUUGUACAUGAAAAUAUAGACAAAAUUAUCCUUAAUGCAACCGCUGUCAGAUAUCAAAAGGCUUUACGGAGAAAGCACACUUUGCGAUUAUGUUAGGUCUGCACCUAGCCACAGAAACCCAUACAGCCAUUUUCCAGCCAAGGAGAGUGUCACAAUCGUCAGAAAUAGCAUUAAAAUGAAUCACUUACCUUUGAUCUUCACCUGGUGGCGCUCCCAGGUCUCCAUGUUAGACAAUUAAUGUUUGUUUUGUUCAAUAAUGUCCCUCUUUAUGACCAAAUACCUCCUUUUUGUCCGCGUUUUGUCCAGUAAUCCGAAUGCUUAAGGCGCGUGCAAGUCCAGACGAAAAGUUUUUAAAAAGUACAAUAAAAGUUAGUAGAAACAUGCGAAACGCUGUUUAAAAUCAAUCGUCCGGUUGUUUUUGUCAUAAAUAAUCAAUACUAUUUCAAUGGGACAGAAGUUUCGUCAAUAGAAAAGGAGAAACAAGAAAGGCGUGUUCCCGAUCAGGCGCAUGGCUGAUGAUUGAGCUGGCCACUGAUUGAAAGUGCUAUAUCUCCUUCAUUUUUCAGAGUCAAAGCCUGAAACAAUGCCUAAAUACUGGCCACAUGUAGAGGAAGCCAUAGAGACCGUGAACUGGGUCCUAAGUCUUUGUACGGUGGAUAGGCAUUCAAUGGAAAAACAGCCUUUCAAAAUAAUAGUACUUCCUGGUUGGAUUUUCCUCUGAUUUUUGCCUGCCAUAUCAGUUCUGUGAUACUCACAGACAACCAAUUAUAUCAUCUACUAAUUAUAUGCAUAUCCCAUCUUCUGGGCCUGAGUAGCAAGCAGUUUUAAUUUGGACACGCUUUUCAUCCAAAAUUCAGAAUGCUGCCCCCUACCCUAGUGAAGUUAAGUUAAGCUUGUGAGUCUAUGUGCGUUGACAACUCAACUGUAUACAUGUCAGCUACAACAGUAAUAUAAAUCACUGACACCCAAUCACUUAACAUAGAAAUCCAGACAGUUUUAGAAUGGGUAACUAUCAGUGGGCUGGUGUUAUCUAAAAACUAAAAGCAUUGUUUAUGGGACAAAUCACUCACACAACCCUAAACCUCAUUUAGAUGUAUUAUUGCAUGUGGCAAAUCAGCAAGUUGAGGGGACUAAACUGCUGGGUGUAACCCUAGAUAGCAAAAAAUAUAGACUCAUUGGUUGCUAAAAUGGGAAAAGGUCUGUCCAUGAUAAGGCAUUUCUCUGCUUUCUUGAUCUAAAUCCUACAAGCCCUAGUUUUGUCGCACCUGGACUACUGCCCAGUUGUGUGGCAAAGGACAUGUGAAUGUAACAAUUGGUCCAGAACAGAGCAGCACGUAUUGCACUUUAGAUGUCAGUAGUAUGCAUGUAAAUCUCUCCUGGCUCAAAGUUGAGGAGAGAUUGACUGCAUCACUAUUGGUCGUUGUGUGAGGUGUUGAUGUGUUAAAGGUACUGAACUGUCUGUUCAAGCACUUGGCACACAGUUCAGACACUGAUCUGUAUCACACAAGACAUGCAGCCAGAUGUCUCUUUAUAGUUCCCAGGUCCAGAACAGAGGCUGGGAAACACGCCACAGUAUGAAAUAGAGCCACAUGAAUAGAUGGAAUUCUCUGUCACCACAGGUAACUCAAAUUAGCAAUAAAACAAGAUUCAAAAACCAGAUAACAUAACACCUUAAGGCACGACGGGGACUGUGAAGAGACAGACAUUUUUAUAUAUAUAUAUAUAUAUACUGAACAAAAAAUGUUAACGCAGUAGUUCUGGUCCCAUGUUGGUCCCAUGCAAACCUUUCCAUACACACAAAAAACAAACAUUUGUGCACACAUUUGUUUACAUCCCUGUUAGUGAGCAUUUCUCCUUUGCCAAGAUAACCCAUCCACUUGCUAGAUGUGCAUAAAUUGCAUGUAUUUUUUUGUGAAUUUUGUAGUUAGCAUUGUAUAAUGUAUUGAAUUAUGUAGUUUUAAGUAUUUUAUUUGUUGUGUUUUGGCAGCUGCUAAUUGGGGAUCCAAAUAAAACACUAAAUACAAACAUUAAAGCACUGUUGCAGAUAUUUAGUUGAAACCUGGGUGAAAUUGAGAACUAUUAUGUACAUUUAAUCAAAAAAGCCACCAAGCUAUUGUAAAAUAAAGUUGACUAAAACAAUCAAACUGAAUAGUUUAGCGCUGUGAAAUUAGACACGGGAUAUUAGUCAUAUCACAUGUAGUAUUGUGCCCAGGGAAAAUAUCACUGAUCUCAUAUUGAAAGAUAAUAGCAUGGGAUGACAGAGGAGAUACAGCGGAAUCAAUAACCAAAAGCAGGGGAUGGUUGAACGGGUAGCGUAAGCUUACUCCAUGACAUCUGGGAUUUUCCUUUAACCGAUCUGCUCUCCAUUGGGGUGGCAGGUAGCCUAGUGGUUAAAGUGUUGAGCCAGUAACCGAAAGGUUGGUGGAUGGAAUUCCUGAGCUGACCAGGUAAAAAUGAGUCGUUCUGCCCCUGAACAAGGCAGUUAACUGUUCCUAGGCUGUCAUUGUAAAUAAGAAUUUGUUCUUCACUGACUUGCCUGGUUGAAUAAAACAUCUGCUCUUCAUUUAACCUAUCUGCCCUUCCACCUAUCCAUGUCACCCUUUUUUAUUCUCCUAAUUUUCCCUUUCCUCCUAUUUUGUCUCAUUCUUUCCUCUGCCACUGUCCCGUCUCCUAUUCCUCUCUCUGUUUCUUCUGCUCUCUGUCUUCUUCCCCUCUCUUCCUUCCACCUUCCUCCUCCUCCCUCGCUCUCCUACAUAAAGCCCCCCCCCCACACACGGGCCCUGCUGCUGUCAUUGAACCUGUUGAAGUUUGCUAAUUAAGAUCCCAUUCAAAUUCAUCAUACCAUUUGGACAGCGGUCCAGCAGACACAGGAUAAGAGGGCUCCCGUCACCGUGACAACGGGCGCUAAUGGAGACGGUGGACUGGGCGGAUGGGUGGUGAUGAUGCUCCUCCUCCGAGCUACUUAACACCAUGGCUUUGAUCUGGCCCGGCACUCACUCCUCCUGUCCUGUCUGCUCACUGCACAGCUAAGACUGAGACUGGGCUGUGUUAUCUGAUCUGGGUCCAGACUGGGAGAAAGAGGAUAAGAGAGAGAGAAGAGGAGGAGAAGAUGUCUACAGGCUGUGGCUGUGUGAGGUCGCCCCAGGAGACAGCGGAACACAGACUGACGGGUGGACAGGAGCACCACUAUCAGAUGGUGGAGCCUGUGAGGACCCUGCUAGAGGAGGGGGCAGGGAUGACCAGAGCUGUGCAGGGGAAACACUGUCCUGAGGCAGUGCACCCCGAGGAGCAGGAACUGAAGAAACCACGCAGGAAAGACACGCCCGUCCUCAACACUCCUCCACUCAUACCAGUCACUUGCCUUCAUCAGGUGUGAGGAUGGUGAAAGGAGAGAAGAGAAUGAUUCACAUGGAGGAUGAAGAGAAGGAUGGAAAGAACUAGAAGUCAUUGGAGGAGAGAUUCUUGCCUACAAUUUUUUGUUGUUGACAUCGUUGUUCCCUGUUGUCACAUUACUAAUAUGUAGCCUAUACAUGUUAAUUAAAAGUAGCUCUACAAUG